GAGCUCAGUCACAUCAGCCUCUUUUGUCUGUUUCUCGGCUUGAGCUACAGAAAGAAAAAAUGUCCCGGGAUACAGGAAACCUCACAACUUUUUGGUUUUCAAACUUGGAAGGCUUUUGAAGUCUCUUGGGCUGUUGGAGAGUGUUGGCUCUUACUAUGACAUUUAGUCACCAGCGUUCAGGGAAAAAAAAAGCCUGUUUCAAAAAAGGCAUUCUCCCCAGUGUCCAUGCAUUUGGGAAAUAAUGUAUUUAUUUUAUUUUUGCAUGUGUGACCAUGACCGUGAGAAACAGAAUUAAUGUAGAAGAUGGCAAGGAGAGUUUUAAUUAGGGAGCAUUGUAGUUUUCUAUAGAGUAAACUUUGCUCAUCAAUACAAACCUGCUUUCAAAUCAAAUCAAAUAUCCUUGGAGUUAUGUUCGGAGUGGCAGCUUCUAGACUUAAAUACUUUCAUUUUACUUAAUUCCCACCCCCCAAUUUCUAGAUAUUAAGUUUUCAUGGAGUCUUUCUAAGAUUUUUAUGGCAACCUGACCAGGGAAUCUGAGUCAAAGUUGUUUCAUCCUUGUGUUUGAGAAAACGGCCUCUUAAAGCCACAGCUUUGAUUUCUGCAGCUUCAUGCCGUCCUAAACUACACCCCCAGCAAUUAGUGACAAUACCGAAGACCAGAAAAGCAAGCUGAAGACACCCGACUUCGCUUGAAGGGCAAACAGGAACUCCAAACACCAUGUCAGUGGCAACAGAACGGUUGAACCUUUCCCAGAGGGAACACAGAUGGCUGUAUUUGGAAUGGGCUGCUUCUGGGGUGCUGAGCGCAAGUUCUGGCUCUUGAAAGGUGUGUAUUCAACCCAAGUGGGCUUUGCAGGAGGCUACACACGCAAUCCCACCUACAAAGAAGUUUGCUCAGAAAAAACCGGCCAUGCAGAAGUCGUCCGGGUUGUGUACCAGCCAGAGCACAUCAGCUUUGAGAAACUGCUCAAGGUCUUCUGGGAGAAUCACGACCCGACCCAAGGCAUGCGCCAAGGCAAUGACUAUGGCACCCAGUACCGAUCGGCGAUCUAUCCCACCUCCAAAGCACAGAUGGAAACAGCCUUGAAAUCCAAGGAGGAAUACCAGAAGGUCCUUACAAAGCACGGCUUCGGCCCCAUCACCACUGACAUCCGAGAGGGACAGGAGUUCUACUAUGCUGAAGACUACCACCAACAAUACCUGAACAAGAACCCGGACGGCUACUGUGGCCUUGGAGGCACUGGAGUGUCCUGCCCAAUGGGCAUUCAAAAAUGAUUUCUCUCCAUGAUGUUGGCCCUGGCUGGAGGUUCCUGCAAAAACCAUGAUCGCUGGAUGGAGCAGCACCGUUGUGACUUGCAUCAAUCAAUUUCUAAAAAGCACAUACCACACGGGCAUUUACAUGAUCUGGUUGUGAUUGGGAUUUGAUUUACAGGAAGUGCUAUGACAAGCUGAUAAAUUGUAAUUUGUCUUCUAAGUCCUGGUGGGGGUAGAGAAUGACAUUUUAGUGGAUCAUUUGGGAUCUAAAUGGAGAUAAUGAAUGCCUUGUGUUCAUCUGCUUGGGCUCAAAGGGAUGCUAAAGGUUCUGAAGCAGGGAGCUGGUUGAGAGGGCACAAGGUACUGGGACUCUUUGGUCUGUGCUGAUAUACCUCACCCCUCCCCUGCCCUCAGGUGCCUGAUUCAUUAAUGCCUGCAGGCUCCAUGAAUCAUUUGCUAAAAUGGUUUGUUCUGCCAACCCUAGAUGUGUGUAAGGGGUUUCUCUCCCUCCUUCAUCCCCUGUCUGUGUAGAGAAAAGACAUGAGUGACCUUAAUGAAUUCUAACAUUCUGCUUACAGCUAUGAAAAAGCUUGUUCUAAUAAAAUCCGCAGUUUGGUAAUAGCAA